CUUCUGAUUGACUCAUCAGAUAAUCCCAAUUAAAGGUGUUUAUCUGGGGAGAUGGAAUUGGUGUGUGUUGAUGAACUGGUUUCAGUGUUUAAUCAAAGCCCACAAGCCCAGGAACAUUACACCUUUUAUUGCCAGUCCUGCGGUGAUGUCAUAAUAAGGGACAGAAGGCUGCUCAGGGUGCUCCCACUGCCCAGCGCCAACUGGGCAGCCCUGGUUGAGGAGUGGUGCUGCCACCCGGACCCGUUCACCCAGAAGUCUCUUCACCCAGGACACGGUGACUGCUUCACUGGAGAUACCUUCUAUUUGGUGAACUUAAGAAGCCAACCGGGUCAGGACCCAAAAGCAAAUACCAAAGUAAUUUGUAAGCGUUGCAAGGUAACGCUGGGAGAGACUAUGUCACCAGAAACCACCAAGUUUUAUAUGACCGAGAUAAUUAUUCAGCCAUCUGAGAGAAGUUUUCCCGUCAUACCAAGGUCUGAGUUUGUCCAGAGCAUUGUUGGCCAGCGUCUAGGGGAGCUGGCCUCUGCCCGGAGCACAUUCAGAUUCCUGAUUCAAGGUCAGGAUGGCAGAGUGUUUAUCCUGCUCUGGCUUCUAAACUCAGACAGUUUGGUGAUUGAAGCUUUGAGGAGUUCCAGAAGUGUCACAAAGUUCCCACUGCUGGAAGAGACAUGGCGAACAGACUCCACUUCUGCCAGGAAUGCUGUUAAGGUCCUCUACCAGCCGUGCACCAAGAGCAGAAACGAAAAGCUUGCCCGUGAAUGGGAGAGUGACAUCAGCAUCCACGCCAUCACCCUGCCCUCAGCAAGCUGCUUGGAACUUCUGCUGAUACUGUCCAGGAGCACUGCCACACUACCUGUGUCCCUCCGCCGCAUGAACUCCUUUCAGGUGGCCUUUCUGAAGAUGUGACGGAGGGCACUCAGGCAUUCUUGUUUCCCCAGACUGAGGGAGAACCCCAGAGGCCAGCUGUCUGCUCUGUGGGCAUCAGAUGCAAAGAAAGAACCAGAGCUGCAGAGUAAGAGCACUGCGUGGAAGAGUUGAGUUUCCUUGUUUGCAUGUGUUCUCUAGAGAAGAGCCGACUUUGCUCUGAAAGCCCAGAGCCGGGAGGGAAGGUGUCCACAAGUGAAGAAUGGUUGCUGCAUCUCUGCUUCCCACCGAGAGGAACAUUCAGAUGUGUGCUGCGUCAGCACCGCUUGCUCACCGAGACCCAUCUGUCUGAGGAUGCGGGGAGGAAUUGGGCCUGGAACUGUUGUAAAUCCUAGGAAAUAAACUUUUAAAGAGCUUCUUGAGUUUGUUUAAAGGAAUUUUUUUAAAACCUGAAAAUAUGGAACCUUUUGUACCAUACUCAGAGGAGGUGUUCAUAAAUGCUUGUUGAAUGAAUGAUUAUCCAAUUAAAGGUCCUCUUGCUUAUUCAAA